AUGGUCACAUCGAAGCCCCCAUCGGGUAAAACCCCAUCAGUUCCCGUUAAAUUCGUCAGUGCCGGGCUGGCCGCCUGUGUCGCCGAGAUGAUCACCAUACCCCUGGACACGGCAAAAGUUCGUCUGCAGAUUCAAGGAGAAAAAGCUGCCCUGGCGGCCGUUCCGGUAUCGACGUCAGCAGGUGUGGCGGCCUCACCAGCAUCCACCCUGAAGUAUCAGGGCGUGUUCCGAACGAUGUUCAUCAUAAGUCGGGAAGAAGGAGUGAGAGCUCUUUACAAUGGAAUGGUGGCAGGUCUUCAGAGGCAGUUGUGCUUUGCAUCGGUCAGGAUCGGAUUGUACGACUCCGUCAAAAAUUUCUACAUUGACACAUUUAAAGGUUGGGGUUACAGUGGUAGCUCAACGAAUGUGGAGCUUCGAAUUUGUGCCGGAGUAACAACGGGGGCCACUGCUGUAGCCUUCGCACAGCCGACAGAUGUCGUCAAAGUACGAAUGCAGGCGCAGAGGUUGGGGGCGAUCCGAUAUUCUGGAUGCAUCGAUGCCUACAGAACAAUUGCAAGAACGGAAGGAGUCAAAGGAUUGUGGAAAGGAGUACUACCGAAUAUAACAAGGAACGCCAUAGUGAACGCAGCAGAACUCGUCUCAUACGACCUAAUAAAAGAAGCCAUCUUGAAAAGGAACUGGAUGUCGGACAACAUGCCCUGCCAUUUCGUCUCAGCUUUUGGGGCUGGAUUCUGCACAACGGUCAUCGCUAGUCCAGUGGAUGUGGUCAAAACGAGGUGGUACAUGAACUCAGCGAAAGGUGUAUACAGGGGAGCGUUCCAUUGUGCGGCUGUUAUGUGGAAGGAAGGGGGGCCACUGGCUUAUUAUAAAGGAUUCAUGCCCUCCUUCUUGCGACUGAGCACGUGGAACAUCGCCAUGUUUGUCACAUUCGAGCAGUUCAAACGGUUUUUCUCGAAGAUGGUAGAUUGA